AUGACGAAGCUGUUCAUUGUGUGCGAUUGCGAUUGCGAUUGGGAUCCUGAUGAGCUGCCGGACAUGAGGGAGAGGUGUCUGUUGGUGGUAGUGUCGCGACGUACCGGACCAGCUAUAGGGGGUUGGCCUUUCUCGUUCUCUGGUGACUCGUACGCUGCAACCAGAGUCUGCAUAGACUGCGUUUUGAACAUCCGUGAGUUACCUCUCUUCGAAGAAAAUCAAGUGACGCACUUGAAUACGGCAGGACGCGGAGCCAACAUCUCCGAAUCGUCUCGUCCGAGUCGGAACCACGAUCUUCCCGUUGAAGUAGUCAUCGACGUCGGCGAACGCGCAUCAUUCUGCAUGUUGGUAUACUCCGCAGAAGCACGCCUCGCUCUCCUCCGACAACAAAACAGGAGCAACAAAAGGAGGAGUAACGCAAGAACGCCUCCAACAACACCUCCAAUUAUCGCUCCCAUAUUUCGAUGCGAAGAAGUACCGGAAGUCGCUUCGGACGCCGUUUCGCCUGGAGGUAAUGACGAAGGUGUUACGGCGACCGUGAUCGUUGAGGAGCCCGAGACAAUGGUAACUGAGGAAGAAGAUGUGGAAGAAUCGACUUUACUUGAACUUCCGAGCGAGGAUACGGCGAUUUGCGUGUGGUCAUCCGCUGAGUCGUUUGAGGCUCUUGACGAAGACGACUCAGGACUUGAACCGGACGACGAUGCAGAGCCCGUUGUCUUUGGCGGAGACGCGGGAGUAUUAGCAUUAGCUGAUGAAGAAGAAGCUGGAGCUGGAGCUGGAGCUGGAGUAGGCUGA